AUGCAAUUUUUACGCAAGGUUUAUGGUAUUGUUGCAACUCAACUUUGUUUCGUUGCUCUUGUAUCAACAGUGAUAAUGUCAUUCGAAAAUGUUAAACUAUUUUUUCAAAAUAAUCCUGGUUUUCUUCUUCUAUUAUUUUUGGCAACAAUGGUCAGCUUAUUUGCUGUAUAUCUUAAACGUUUAGAAUAUCCAACAAAUUUUGCAUUACUUGCACUUUUCACAUUUUUUGAAUCAUUAACAAUUGGUACAUUUGUUUCAUUUUUUGACAAAAUCUUAGUUAUACAAGCAAUUAUUUUAACUGCUGUUAUCGUUGGAGGUUUAACAUUAUAUACAUUUCAAACAAAGCGGGAUUUUUCAGCUAUGGGUGCAAGUUUAUACGCACUUUUAUGCGUUUUAAUUGCUGGAGGUUUAAUUCAAAUUGUCGCUCGAAGUCCAGUGAUGGAAUUGGGUCUUGCAUUAAGUGGUGCACUUGUAUUUAGUCUUUAUUUAGUUUAUGAUACACAACAAAUAAUGCGUAAAACUUCACCAGAAGAAUAUAUUGAUGCAGCAAUACAAAUAUAUCUUGAUAUAACACGUUUAUUUAUUGAAAUCUUGCGUCUACUUGAAGCUGCACGUCGUCAAUGA